AUGUCGCCUGUCACGAACCAGAUGCUCAAUGCCCGGCGCGAAAAGGAGUGCGUCGGUCUUACUACCGAGCGCAAAUACUUCCACGUCGACGGCGCGUGGAUCAAGCGCAGCCUUCGCCCAUCCGAAUGGCAAACCAACCCCUUCGCGGGCAUGCUGUUCAUACCACGUUUCGGUUGCUUCGAGGACGACGGCGCCGUCUACCUCGUCAUGGAAUACAUUGAUGGCGUGACUAUGAAUAAUCUUGCCCUUGAACAGCGCAAGGUCGUUGAGACGGAAUUGGAGCGUUAUGUGGAGACUCUGAGCGGCUUGAGGUCUGAUGCGUGGGGUGGGCCCUCUGGAAUCGUUAUACCACCUUAUCGAAUUAUGACCAACUCGGCCCGCUCGCAGUGGAAGAUGAAGUCUAGAGAGACGAAGGACCUUGUCUUUUGUCACAACGAUUUGUCCACUCACAAUGUCAUUGUCGACCCAGCGACGCUAAAGGUGAAAGCGAUCCUCGAUUGGGAAUACGCUGGUUUCUUCCCAAAGGAGUUUGAAGGCAUGUUCUUCCGCCGCCCCGGACCAUCGGCUGCGCUCGAGGGAGAGGUCAACGACGAGAGAGAGCUACUAGAAGUUAUGUACGAAAACGAAGCGAAAUAA